AUGAAAUACUUCUUGACCCUCUUUGCUUGCGUGGCUGUAGCCAGCGCUCAAUUGGUGAACUACCCCAACGGUCCCGUGGCCCCUGUCGAGAUCCCUGAGGUGCAAGCCGCUAAGGCCGCCCACUUCGCCGCUAAGGGAGCUCCCUUCUACAACGGUGCUGCUUUGCCUUAUGCUUAUGGUGCCCCUGCCUUGAAUUAUGCCGAUCCUCAUGCUUACGGUUAUAACGGUCUCCAGGCUUACCCCAACGGUGCCAUCGUCCCCGUUGAUGAGCCUGCUGUCCAAGCCGCCAAGGCCGAGCAUUUCGCUGCCGAGGGUCUUGCCUACGCCGCUCCCGCCUAUGCCCAUGGUCCUGCUGCUAACUACGGACCUGCCUUGACUGUCCACGCUAACAGUGUCGUCGUCCCCGUUGAGCUCGUUGAGGUCCAAGAGGCCCGUCCCGCUCACCUUGCCAACUUCUAAGAAAAGAACCAACUAGUCUGUUUGAUUUGAAAAUAUUUAUUACACAUUCAUUUGUGGAAUGAAACACAACCGCGAACCGACCAUCCGAGAAUCUUAUUGAACAAAACGGAAAAAACAAGUUCUCACAAUAAAAUUCAGUAAAA